AUGACAGUUUUGGAACUUUCAAGCCCAUCAACUGGAUUUGUCGACACCAUCUCACAAUCUCCACUUUGCCGACAAAUCUCUUCCUCUUCUCUCCUGAGACGAAAUCUCCCCGGCGUCGUCACCUCCGGUUUCACCACCGGUCUUAGAACUUGCCGCCGUCAUGAUUCAUCAUUUGGGAAAAAUGAAUCGACCGUCUCUCUUGCUUUCUCCGCCUCCACCAGCGAGAUCGCAAUCAACUCCGGCAACACCGCCGGUCAUCUCCGCUGCCAUCUCUACCGGCGACAGCUUCCGAUACCGCCGCUCCCACUCCAGAUUUACCACCGGUUGUGGAGCUCGGCUCCAUCAUCACGAUUCAUCAACUUGAAGAUGAAUCGUUUUCUCCGCCUCUGCAUGUGGUUGCCGCGACCAACUCAGGCUUCACCGCCGACCGUUUCCGCUGCCACCACCACAGGCGAUAAUCUCUGCAGUUGA